UUUUAUAUCGUCAGGGGCAGCGGGAAGAGUCCAGAACCACCGACACAGAGAACCAGACAUCAGCGGGAAAAUGGCGUCUGCAAUGAUCAAAUGUAGCUUUCGCUCCGCCCUCCGCGGCAGGGCUUCUCACGGAACUCCGGCAUUCAAGAGGACUUUCGCUUCUUCCGCCCACCAUGACGAGGCCCGUGAAGCAGCUAAGUGGGAGAAAAUUACUUAUGUUGGAAUAAUUACAUGCACUAUUCUUGCAAUCGUUAAUCUCUCUAAGGGUCAUCCCCACCAUGAAGAGCCUCCUGUUUGGCUAUCUUACAUCAGAAAGAGAAUCAUCCACUUUGUUGCACAUUUGGGUGAAUUAUUAAAUUUAUUUACAGCCAGAGGCGGAUUUAUAGUAUAAAAUAUGGUUCACGUGAACCCGUGGUCCUCAGGUUAAACUAUAGAUAUGAUGUAUAAUUUGGCAAAAAUAGGUAUAUAUAUUUGAUGGAAUCCAUGGUAAAAAAGAUGAAGUAGUUCACUGGUUUUGGUCUCUUAUUUCCAAUAGCCUUUAGGGGAUCAAAUUCCCAACCAACUUUUUUGUUUAAUUUUUUUUAAAAAAGUAAUGGUGAACUCAUCCUCCGGAAAUUUUAGAUCCGCCUCUGUUUACAGCUAUUGUCAUUUAUCAUAUUUAUUGCUUGUCUUCAUUCCUUCAUUGAUUCACAAGAAUAUCAUUAAACUACUUUUUGGCUUUAAAUAGGUUUAAAUGUGAUUUCUAGGAUGUUAUCUCCCACCAAUAUUGAAUCUAGAAUUUAUUAUAUUUAAUCAGAAUUUACCUAGUAUCAUUCACUUAAUUAGUGUAACAAAAAGGUUUAAGACUUUUUGGUCAAAAGAAGGCAUUCGAUGUUUAAUGUAUUUGAUUCUAAUGCAAAGAAAUAUAGUUGGUUCAGAUAAGAGUAACCUGAUGGAGAUUCUCAGUUUCAUGUAAUGAUAUCUCUGCUGUAAAAUCUUUCAGUUGUUCCUUUUCUAUUAUUGGUAAACACAACAGAGAUUAGGAAUGUUGCCAAAAUGAGUAUUUCAAACAAAAUAAUCAGCCAAUCCACUAGGAAAGGAGAUUGGGGGAUAUGGUGUCGGGGGGUGGGGGGAGGACAAAAGGAGCUGGCCGAGAAGGGAAGUUGCAACUAAUGCUGUAUUCUGGGCCGGGCCUGGGCUUAGCGGUCCUGGGCUCUGGCGGUAUCGGGCCUCACGGUACCGGGCUUCGUGGGCUCAACGGGUGGAACCAACCCGUGACGGGCCUAAGCCCAUAUGGUCUUGGGCUAAACGGGCCGGGCUCGUGGGCUUAGCGGGCCUAAUGGGCUUUUUUAUUU